AGUUGGAUGCUGGAGAGGUUUGUAACCAGGCACAGUUUCACUGGGAAAUCCGUUUAGAAAGCGGCUCAGAUCUUCACACACACUGACAACAGGAAACUCAACAACACACACACACACACACACACACACACACACACAGACCUGUAAUGUUUUUCACACACACCCACGAGGACCAGAUCUGGAGAUGGAUAUAAUUUAAGAGGAUACUGUCUCAGCAUCGUUUUUUUGCUUUUUCUUUCUAAGUAAGAGAAGACUUUUUGGUGCACAGUUUUGGGGAAAAAUCAGCCUCAGUGCAAAUCAAGAGCAGAUGAGUGUUUGUUAAGAAACAGCUAAAAUGAAGAAAGUGCUGAGAAGAGAGGGAAGCACAAUAAUGGACCAAAUUUAUCAACACAGGACAUGGAAUAGUAGGCUGCUUGUGCUUCUCUGUGUCGCUCUUGAAAUCUUCACGGCUCACUCGUCUAUGGUGCCUGGUACACUGGAGCUCCAGCUAGAUGAAGAGCAACCGGCAGGUACUGUAGUUGGAGAUAUUAGUGCUGGCCUGCCCCCAGGUGUUACAGCAUCUCUUUACUUCAUCUCAGAUCAUGAGGGAACGGGUGUUGGUACGGACUUGGACAUUGACGAGAGCACGGGCAUCAUAAGGACAGCAAAGGUCUUGGACCGAGAAGUACGAGACCGCUACAAUUUUAUAGCAGUAACCAUGACUGCUGUCACGGUGGAGGUAACCAUUUUAGUCAAUGACAUCAACGAUCACGCUCCAGUGUUUCCCAGAAAACGGGCCUCCUUCAAAAUCCCGGAACAGACUGCAAUAGGAACUAAAUUUCCCCUUGAUCCUGCCUUGGAUGCAGAUAAGGACCAGCUGACAACUCAAGGUUAUAUUGUAACAGAUGGAAAUGUGGGGCAGGCUUUUCUUCUUGAAACACGAAGAGGCUCCAAUCAAGUACUUUAUCUGGAUUUGGUAGUCAAUGCCAUUUUAGACAGGGAGAAAAGGUCAUCCUAUACACUCCUUUUGGAGGCAUUUGAUGGAGGAUCUCCUAAGAAGACUGGUCAGAUGAUUCUGGAUGUGACCGUGCAGGACAUCAAUGACAAUGCCCCAGUUUUUAAUCAGAGCAGGUAUCAUGCCAUGAUCUCUGAGAACCUGCAGCCAGGCAACAAUAUACUGCAAGUGUUUGCGUCUGAUGUUGACGAAGGUAACAACGGCCUGGUGUUUUAUGAAAUCAACAGACGACAGAGUGACCCUGAUCGCUACUUUGUCAUUAACUCCCAGACUGGAGUGAUAACUCUGAACAAGCCAUUGGACUAUGAGAUGAGAAAGGUUCAUGAGCUGGUCGUUCAGGCAAGGGACAAUGCGACACAACCUGAGGUCACCAAUGCCUUUGUGACCAUACAUGUGCGGGACUAUAAUGACAAUCAGCCCACCAUGACCAUCAUCUUCCUUAGUGAAGAUGGCUCACCACGCAUAUCCGAAGGCGCACAGCCUGGCCAGUAUGUAGCGCGGAUCUCUGUUACAGACCCUGAUUAUGGGGAGUACUCUAACGUCAAUGUGUCUUUGGAGGGUGGAGAUGGAAAAUUUGCUCUGACCACUAAAGAUAAUAUUAUCUACCUCAUAUGUGUAGAUGAAAUCCUGGAUCGUGAAGAGCGGGACCGCUAUGAACUAAGAGUCAUGGCUACAGACUCUGGAACCCCUCCUUUGCGAGCUGAGUCUUCAUUUACCAUCCAGGUUACCGAUGUCAAUGACAACCCACCUUUAUUUGACCAACAAGAAUACACCCAGGUAAUCCCAGAAGUAAUCUUUCCAGGGAGCUUUGUGCUACAGGUCACAGCACGAGACAAAGACCAGGGUCCGAAUGGAGAUGUCCACUAUAGUAUCAUGCAAAAUCUUGAGAGUCAUUCUGACUGGUUUAGCAUUGAUGCAGUCACUGGCAUCAUUACUACGCUCACUCAGCUGGAUUAUGAGACAGACCCUACACCUAGUUUGAUCAUUGUAGCUAUGGACAGGGGUAGACCUCCUCUGUCCUCCACUGCUGUAGUCAAAGUUAUCCUUCAGGAUAUUAAUGACAAUGAGCCUGUUUUUGGAAGCAAGUUCUACAACGCAUCUCUUAAGGAGAACCUUGCAUCAGGGACAUGUUUCUUAGAGGUAAAAGCCAAGGAUGCUGAUGGUGGCUCAUUUGGCUCUGUGUUCUAUUCUCUGGGCUCUGGACCUGGCAGCAUAGCCCCCCCUCAAUUCACCAUUAACAAGGAAAGUGGACAAAUCUGCACCAGUGCAAGUCUGGACCGGGACCAGGGCCCUGCCAGCUACGACUUUGCCGUCACAGCCGUGGACGGGGGUGGCCUGAGCUCUGUUGCCUAUGUUCACGUUGACCUGGUGGACAUUAACGACAACUGGCCGACCUUUUACCCCUUGCAUUAUGCUGUGAGUCUAAGUACUCAGAGUAGUCCUGGCACCUCUGUCAUCCGGGUCACAGCCCAUGACCCUGACGCAGGAGAGAAUGGCAGGGUGACGUACCGUACAGCACCCGGUGGAAGCUCGCCCUUCUUCACGCUGAAUAAAGACACCGGAGUGAUAUCACUAUCACGCUCUCUGCAUGGGAAGGCAAAUACAGUCAUCGCCAUGGUGGUCUCAGCUCAGGACGGGGGUGGCCUCACAGCUCCAGUAAAUGCCAAGGUCAACAUCAGCAUUGUGGCUGGUCUGGUGGCACCUCCUGUGUUUGAGCAGGCUCAGUACUACUUCACAGUAUCUGAAGAUGCCCUGCGUGGGACCCAAGUGGGCACUGUGCGUGCCAGCACCAAAAACGGGGUCUCAAAGGACAUUUCCUACACCAUCUGCUCUGGUGACCCUACUGGGUAUUUCACAGUGGAUCCUGAGACAGGAGUUUUGAGAACGAGUCUGCCUUUAGACCAUGAGCUCCAGCCCAUUGUGGAGCUUGAUGUUCAGGCACAAAGUGGGAACCCACCAGCUUUUGGUCAAACCCGUGUCCAUAUAACAGUAUUAGAUGUCAACGACAAUGCUCCCACCUUCAUCCCAUCAGCAUCUGAAUCUUUGAUUCUUCUUGAUGAUACAAGAAUGGGAACAGUGGUGUACAAGAUUCAGGCUGUGGAUCUUGACUCUGGUGCUAAUGGAGAUUUAACUUUCGAUCUUCACUCCAGUGGUGCUCAGAGAACCUUCAAUGUGGACCGUAGCAGUGGAGAAAUUCGUCUGAUUGGAAGUUUGUCAUAUGAUACGGUGGCACGCUAUGAUUUGCAGGUUCUUGCCAAAGACAUGGGGGCACCACAGCUCAGUGCCACUUUCACCCUGGUGGUGCAUGUGCAGGCUGAGAACAGCCAAGGGCCUGUUUUUGACACCCUCAGCUACCGAGUAGAGUUGAAGGAGGGUACCGCACUCAACACCCGUUUUCUCCAGGUGCGUGCUCUCAAUAGAGAUGGUGGGAUUGCUUCCGGAUCGGGCACCACAGUCCCUCUGGCAUAUCACCUUCAACCAGAUGGAGAUGCAGCAGGCUUUGGCAUUGUUUCAGACAGUGGCUGGCUGUUUGUAAAGAGCGCCCUGGACCGUGAAGUUAAGGAGGUGUACCUUCUCACAGUGCUUGCUACAUCUGGUCAUGGGCAGCUGAAAAAGACAGGUAGUGCCACAGUGCGUAUUUCAGUGACAGAUGAAAAUGACAACUCACCACGCUUUACCCAGGAGAGAGCUUUCCUGGCUGUUAGAGAGAACCUGCCGAUUGGGUCGGGCUUUGGCCGGGUGCCUGCUACAGAUCGAGAUGCCGGGCUCAACAGCCGCCUCAUCUACCGGCUCCUGCACCCAGAUCGUCAUUUUCAGAUCAACUCACACACAGGUGAGAUCAGCACAAGGUUAGCGCUGGAUCGAGAACACCAGUCCAGCUACCAGUUAGUGGUGGUGGUACAGGAUAGUGGAACUCCCCCUCGCAGUGCCACUGGGACAGCCUUUAUCACAGUGCUGGAUGAAAAUGACAAUGCUCCCUUCUUCACACGCAGAGAUCUGCUCAUGCAGGUUUUGGAAGGACAGCCAUCAGGAGUUUUACUGGGCACCAUCACUGCCAAAGACCCAGAUGAGGGAGAAAAUGGCACCGUUUUCUACUCGCUGUCAGGUCUCAGGGCUGAACGCUUCUCUCUGCACCCCAUCACGGGAGAGCUGCACUCAUCCUCCCCUCUUAGCCAUGCCGAGAGGCCUGAAUAUACGUUCAGCGUCAUGGCCACAGAUCGCGGCUCACCUCCUCGCAGCGCCACAGCUACUCUGAGAAUACAGGUUCUCAGUUCUAAUAAAGGGACCUCCUCUUCCAACCUGGUCUCCAUUUCAUUGAACCCAGUAGAAGGGGCAAAGCCAGGUUCAGUCAUAGGUUCUGUGCGAAAUCCGGACGCUCGGUCACUCCCUGAAUCGGGUCAGGUCACCUACACAAUAGUGGGUGGUACGGAUCAGGACGGCACCUUUGUAAUAGAUCGCCAAACCGGGGAUGUGUAUCUGGCCUGUGAGCUGGACUUUGAGCGUGCACCUCACUACACGCUUCAAAUUGAAGUAGAUGAUUUCUCCACCACGCUUCCCAGGAGCCAUUUUGUCACUUUGGAGAUUAACGUGCAGGACAGUAACGAUCAUUCGCCCCAGUUUCCUGAAGAUCCGGUCACCAUUGUGAUGCCUGAGAACCUGGAGCCUGGAUCUUCUAUCUACACUUUCCAGGCUGCUGACAAGGACGGGAGCGGCCCAAACAGUGAACUGAGCUAUUCUGUUAUUCAGCAGUGGCCCAGCAAACCAGACCUUCUGCUGCUGGACCGCAGCACAGGCAUUCUGACCCUGGGUCAGUCUCUGGAUCAUGAGAACAUCUCAUCACUUCUCUUGGUAGUCCAAGCCACCGAUUCAGCUGAUGAUGUGAAUCAGCGACGUCAUGGUAAAGUCACAGCUCGGAUCUUUAUUACAGAUGUCAAUGACAACGCCCCUGUGUUUACCUCACCGGCAGUGGUCAGCGUAAUGGAAGACCAGCCGGUGGGAUUUGUCCUGCUAUACAUUAUGGCUCAGGAUCCAGAUCAGGGUGAGAACGGUCGUGUUUCCUAUCGCAUACAGGAUGGAAAUGCUGAGGGCAAGUUCAGCGUCAACCCCAAUACAGGGUCUCUUUCUAUCCUGAAGCUCAUUAACCGUGAGGAGCAAGUUCAGUUUAAUCUGACCUUAGUAGCUGAGGAUCAUGGUGUCCCCCGGCUGUCCAGUACUCAGCAGCUGACGGUGCAGGUGAUUGAUGUGAAUGACGAAAUGCCUGUAUUUGAAGAAAGCGUAUAUGAGGCCUUCAUCACAGAAAACCAGCCGGCAGGAGCCACUGUGUUGGUUGUCUCGGCUUCGGAUUUGGACCAAGGGAGCAAUGGCAUAGUGACAUACGGAGGACUGAGAGAUGAUGUUUUCAUAAUCCAUCCAGUGACAGGUGUUAUCUCAACCACCAGAUCCCUAGACAGGGAAACCAAAGAGGACUACACUGUGACAGUUUAUGCCAAAGACGGCGGUUUUCCGUCAAACUUUGCCAAGGCCACAGUGCGUAUCACAGUGCUGGAUGAGAAUGACAACAGGCCUGCUUUUGGCAGAGUGUAUUAUAAUCUUGAAGUGCCAGAAAACCAGGAGCCGGUGACUCUGUUCACUCUGAGAGCAACUGACCUGGACUCAGGAGACAGUGGGCUCAUACAGUAUAAAAUCACAGAUGGGGACCCUUUAAGUGACUUUCACUUGGACAAGAAAUCUGGUACACUGUCCACAUCCAGAGCUUUGGACAGAGAGAAGCAAGCCCGCUACACCCUGACUGUGGAGGCUCGAGACCUAGGCACUCCUUCCCUGAGCAACACUGCCACUUUGGACAUCAGCAUCCUGGACCUCAAUGACAACAGUCCUGUUUUCACCAGUAGCAGCUACAUGGUGGAGAUUGAUGAAGAUGCCCCAGAAGGCACUUUCGUUCUUGAGGUGACUGCCAUUGACAAGGAUGAAGGCUCCAAUGGCCAGGUAGUCUACUUCUUGAGUCAAGAGUCCAGGGGUAUGUUUAUUGUGGACCAGCACAACGGUCGUAUCGUCACAGCUGCAGAACUUGACAGGGAGAAGGUUGCAUCCUACAGCUUCCAGGUGUUUGCUGUGGAUUCCUCUGCUAGCAAUCCUCGCAAUUCAUCAGCUCACGUGACUAUUCACAUCCUUGAUGUGAACGACAAUACACCCUUUUUCAUCACAGAUCCACUCAUCAUAAAUGUGUCCAGCAGUAGCUUUGGUAGUCAUCGCGUGCUGGCCACCAUGAGAGCUGAGGACAAGGAUUUCGGGGCUAAUGGUUCUGUUUUCUAUCGUUUUGCCAACCCUGUAAAAGGCUUCACCAUUAACUCAUUGACAGGAGACAUUCAGCCCACUGAGAGACUUCAUGGCCUUACUCAAAACCAGAGGACACUCAUAGUCCAGGCCAUGGACCAAGGCAGCCCUCCACAGUCCUCACUGGGAGUGGUGGUGGUCUACAUCCGUGAACAGAGUUACAAUGGAAUCCGCUUUAGUCGCAACUCCAGGGAUGUCAGCCUACAAGAAAAUGCAGCCAAAGGUACUGCUGUGGUGCAGAUUCAAGCCCAGUAUCCUGAUGGCUCCCGGAGUGGAAUUACAUAUAGCAUUUUUAGUGGUAAUAAGUUACAGUCGUUCAGCAUCAGCUCCAUUACAGGUGAAAUAUGGGUGGAGAGCUCCAGAGGGCUGGAUUUUGAGGAGACCCCUCGACUUCGCUUAGUGAUCAAGGCUGAAACUGCAUCCUCCAGUUCCUUCAUGGCAGUUAACCUCAUCCUGCAGGAUGUUAAUGACAACCUGCCACGCUUUCAGCUCCACAAUUACAUUGCUUAUGUUAGGGAAGCCCAGGGUUAUGAUUACCCCAUCAUUCAGGUUCUGGCAGACGACCUUGACCAAGGUCAGAAUGGACAGGUGACCUACUCCAUCAGGUCAUCGUCCAUGAGCGGACUGUUCAAGAUUGACCCUCUCACAGGAAGCAUCUCAACAGCUGCCAUCAUGGACAGAGAAAUUUGGACACAGACUAAGCUUGUCAUCACAGCCACUGACAGGGGCAGCCCUCGAUUAGCAGGCUCUGCCACUCUCACUGUUAUCAUAGUGGAUCAGAACGACAACCGGCCCACUAUUCCAAUUCCUCGUGAAGUGCGAGUUCCUGAGAACACACUGAUUGGGACAGUGAUCACCCAAGUGACCGGGAAUGAUGUGGACACUGGUCCGGCCCUGUCUUAUACACUGCACCUGGACACAAAUUCCCUGGGGAAGUUUGGAAUACAUCGCUAUGGAGGAGGGCUCUCUCUUACUGGCCAGCUCGACUAUGAAGAAAGGACUUGGUAUACUGUGACUGUCCGAACAUCCGAUUCUGUGCACCAGAGUGAGGCCAACUUGACAGUACUUGUGGAGGAUGUGAAUGAUAAUGCUCCAGUCUUCACACAGGACCUUUACCAGGUGACACUUGCUGAGCAUUCUCCUUCCGGUAGUUCUGUUAUUACUGUGACUGCCACUGACCAAGAUUCUGGAGAGAAUGGCAAGGUCACAUAUAGAGUUGUGUCAACAAGAGACCUAUUCUACAUUGACCCAAAUAAUGGCACCCUCUUCAUCAAACAGAGCACUGAGUUUGAUUCCGAGCGUCCAUCCUUUCUGGUAGUAAUCGAAGCUUGUGAUGGUGGUAAUCCGUCACUGACUGGUCUUACCACAGUGCAAGUCCAUAUGUCAGAUAUCAAUGAUAAUACCCCCGUGUUCCACCAAACUGAAUACAGAGCAGCUGUAUCAGAGGACGAGCCACCUGGAUCCACCAUCCUCACACUAGAGGCUGUGGAUGGAGAUUUGUCUAGGGACAACUGUGGAUUUGACUUUGCCAUUGCCAGUGGAAACAUUGGCAAUGCCUUUCAAGUUGAAAGUAGCGUACGCUUUCUAGAGGGCCGUGGAUUUCAGAUAUUUGGAACUUUAGUCUUAGCUGACAGGCUUGAUUUUGAAGAUGUGAACACCUAUAAUCUCACUAUUGUUGCCUCAGACCGUGGCAUUCCCCAACGAAGCUCAAGUGUCCCUGUCGUAAUCACAGUAAUGGAUACUAAUGACAAUCCACCAGCCUUCAGCAGGGCAGAAUACAGCAUUGUUCUAAGCGAAGGUGCUGAGACUGGAAAAGAUAUACUUCAGAUAUCUGCUUUAGACCCGGACUCCACACCUAAUGGAGACGUGCACUACUCGAUCAUAUCUGGAGAUGAAAGUGAGCUCUUCUCAUUAGACCAGUGGACUGGUGCUCUCCGUUUGCGGAGGUCUUUAGACAACGAGCAAGAGCCAUCUCACAUACUUAUUGUGCAAGCCUCAGAUGGACAUGGUCACUUUGCUCUUGCUCCUGUUACUAUAGAGAUUAAGGACAUCAAUGAUAAUCGACCUUUCUUUCCCCUUAAAACAGUGACAGCAAGUAUUAGAGAGAAUCAGCCUCAGAACACCCUUGUCACAAUCCUGCAUGCUAUUGAUCAUGAUGCAGGGGCAUUCGGUCAGCUGAAAUAUUACAUAAUGGAUAAAUCAGGAAAUGGAAGAGAGUCGUUUAUGGUUAACCAGACCUCUGGUGAGAUUCGAACUCGUUUCAGUUUUGAUUUUGAGAAGAUGAACACAUUUUACUUUGUUGCUGUAGCAAUGGAUGCAGGAAACUACUCUGCAACUGCUACGGUUCAGGUGUACGUGACUGGAGAAGAUGAGUAUGACCCUGUAUUUACCAGUUCAAAUGUGGACUUUCACGUCCCUGAAGGAGCAAAGAAGGGACAGAGCAUCGGCCAUGUGGUUGCCAAAGAUGAGGAUGGGGGUGUAGAUGGUAUUGUCCUAUACAGUCUAGCAGAAUCCUCUCCCUACUUUGAGGUCAAUAUCUCAACAGGAGUGAUUUCCCUCAAGAUGGAUGCUUAUGCCCGCCAUGUCAGCCGAUCUAAAAGGGAGACCCGGCAAGUGACACUAGAUGUGAUAGCACAUAGCCCAUUGGAGAGUUCCCGUGUAGCCAAUGCAAAGGUUUUCAUUGAUGUCACUCAUACAUCCUUUGGUUUAACUACAGACAUGAACAUUCUAUUAGCUAGUGUCAUUGCUGCAUCCUUGGCAGCUAUAGUGGUGUUAAUAAUAAUUGCUGUGGUGCUCUACUUCCUGCGAUAUAGAAGGAAGAAAUACCAAGAGAAUCAAGCUAGAAUGCUGACCCCUGGUACAGUACUAGAUACUCUUGAUGAACCCAAAGUCCAUGGAAGUGAAAAGCUUUAUCACCAAGCUCUACCUGGAUAUUCUGAAGACCAGAGUGCAGCUGGAGGACCAUACACUCGAGGAGGGUCUUUGGAUCCUUCUCACUCUAGUGGUAGAGGCUCAGCUGAGGCAGAAGCAGCAGAGGAUGACGAGAUCCGCAUGAUUAAUGAGUAUCCACGUGUUUCUAGUAUUUCGUCUUCCAUGCAGGAGCAUAUAUCUGCCCGUGGACCAGAUUCUGGUAUCCAACAAGAUGCUGAUCAGCUCUCAGAUAUCUCUGGUGAGCCAGGAAUGGACAUAAAUCAGUGGCUUAAAGGAAAAAAGAUGGGAAGCUUGAGUGGAAGUCUUUUGUCAGGCCAUACUGCAGUGUAUCGAGAUGAUGGUGGGGGAUAUCUUGGGGUAGGAAGAGGACUUAACAUCUCUCAGUCAAAAGACUACACAUUCCCUGAGGAUGGGAAACCCAUAGUGGAUGGUUCUCUCACAGCAAUAGUGGCUAGUGAUGAGGAACUGAGAGGCAGCUACAACUGGGACUACCUCCUUAACUGGUGCCCUCAGUUCCAGCCACUGGCCAAUGUAUUUACAGAAAUUGCUCGGUUAAAGGAUGAGAAUGCCCCAGUUAACCCACGCCGCCCUUUUCAACCCAAAGCAAAAGCAGACCCCAAGCCUCGAAUUGACCCCCCUCCUCUUAUCACAUCAGUAGCUCAUCCUGGGGCUAAAACUGUCAUUCCAAAACCUGCUGUUGGACGAACUCUUCCCCAUGUGUCCACUUUAAAAAGAUCACCGAUCAGCCAUGAUGGCUCAGUCUCUUCAGUAGCCAUGUCACCCAGUUUUUCACCCUCCCUAUCCCCACUUGCAGCCCGUUCUCCGGCCAUUUCACCAUAUGGCGUUUCCCACGGCCCAUCUGCCACAAUUAUUAGUACAAAUGAACACUCUGUAGAGCACAGUGAGGAGACUGAGCUUAGGAUUUAACCUUUUCAAGUUUUCUACUGUUCGUACAGCAUCCUACUUGACUCAGGACCCUGUACAUGACAAUUCUCCAGCAUGGUGAUAAUGUCAUGUGAAAUGUCAUGUUGCCUCACUGGCUGGCCAGAGAGUUGAGGGUGCAGUGUUUAAUUACCAUGAUGGACGCAGACAGUGACUUAUAAAAAUGCUCUCUCCAGGAAACAUAACUAGAUAGCAACAGACAUGUGCUAUCUCCUGCAUUUGCACAUUUUACACGGGAGCUAAUUUUGAUGUUAAUGUUUUUAAAAGUAAGACUUUUUUGUAUGAUAUAUUUUUGUACUGAUAUUUGUGUUUUUCUGGACUAGAAAAUGGCAUUCAUUAAUACCGUUUUCUGAUUAAACUGUUAUACUUUUGAAUUUGUAUAUAUGUGAGCGUAAUAAUAAGUAACAAGAUUUUGUUUUAGUUUCCCAAGUGUUCUAUCAGUGUUAAAAUGAUGUUCUUACUUUUUCUUUGAUAUUAUGAACAACUUUUUUUUUUUAGUCCUUUUUCAGUAUUUAUAAAGGAGCAAAUUUUUUACAGGUUGACCAGACAUAAGACUAUGAAGCAUUUAGUGACUUAUGCUGCUCUCCUUCUACACUAUGGGCAUACAUAGCUAACCCCACUAAGAAUGAAUAAAUUAGAAAUAACGAGCAGUUUUAUCCUGACACAUAAGCACUCUCACCUUAUGGUUUGACCAUUUUAUUAGCAAGAACAGCAGUAUUCAGUACAAUUAUUAAGUGAGAAGACUUUCCAGAUUUGUUUGUUUGUUUGUCAGUACUGUAGUUAUUGUCCUAACUUUUUUUGUAAAAUAGAUUGGACAACAAAGGCCAGAGUAAAGUGAACCAUCUAUAUCAUAUCUGCCUUACUCUGAUAGACUUUUUCCAAAUAAAGAUUCUGAUUCUACAUACAAUUUAGCAGGAAAAAAGCCAUCUCACGUUCUAUUCAAUACACCCAUUUUUCUCAUGGCAGCUUGUGGCAGCACUUGAUUUUUUUUUUUUAAACACUUUUUUGUACCUGUAAUAAUGUGCAUUGCUGGAACUGGAAAUCUGCUUGGCAUUUUGGCAUUUUGCUUCUCAAUUAUAAUUUGCUGCUGAAGGCAGUUUGGCAGUAAGUUCUAAGGAGAAUUGUAACAGUAAGAUCUUUCUGAAGAAACUAAUUGAAUGUGCAUCUGAACAACAUUACGGUACAGCACUGAGGUACAGAAUUUGCAUCAGCUUUACAAAUCUAUACUACAGGCCAAAAAAAAGAAUAAAAAUAUAAUUUCAUUGGCAUCAUUUUAUAAUGCUGAUAAAACUUAAGAUGGUUUUGACGAAAUUGCUACAGUUAUUUUGGCUAAAUGAAAAAAAAGGCACCAGAAAUGUCCUAUCUAGUUUCAAGAUUUUCUUGAUUCGGCAUUAAAAAGCUUUAUAUAUAAAAGUAACUAUUGCCAAUAUAUUUAAUUGUUGGCUGUUAAAAAUGUUAGUCUAUUUUUGGCCUGUAAUAUACAUGAAAUAUUCUAAAGACUUUAUAUCAUUUUCGUUUCUUCUUGUCUUACAAAUUUUCCAGGCCUUUCUUUUUUUUCGUACUGUUUACCAGAAUCAAAGCUUUAUCCGUGUUUACUUACGGUUGCAUUCGAAGGAAUAGAAAAUGCUGCUUUAGCUGGAAAGGUAACAUCAUGCAAUUAAAAAAAAUAUUGAAUGUACUCUAUUUUGGAGAGAGUUAAACGAUGCCUUGUUAAGAGUGUUAAUGAUGUGUUUAGAACACAUGGCUGUGCCUUUCAUUCACAUGGGAAUAAACUACAGCUAGAUUUCAGGUAACACUUUAUUUUAAAGACCACAUACAAGGAUUUAAUUAAGGAUUAGUUAAACUCAAAUUAGACUUUUGUAAUAUUGUUAUUCAAUAUUUAUGAACCUCCUGGUGGCCUAGCGGCAGGAUCCCCAUUCUGUCAUUGUUCGAUUCCCUGGCAGGAUGCUAACCCAGCCACUGAAGAGUUAACUCUCAGUGCCUUAACUCCCAACCUUGGAUAAAAAUGGGAGGGUUGCACCAGGAAGGGCAUCCAGUGUAAAACCUGCACCAAACCUAAUAUGCGAACCACGUUUCCACUUUGGCCACCACAAACAGGGAGCAGCCAAAAGAAAAAGAAAAAUAUGUAUAAAUAAAUACACGUAUAACAAUGUAAAAAUUGAAAUGUAUAAAAAUAUUUACAUAUAUCUUUAUACCUGUAUUAAGAUAUAUGUAAAGAUGACUGAAAAUUUUAUUAUUCAUUGCAAUAAAUGGCAAUAACGCUUGAAAUCUUUGUUAUACAAGCUACUAAUUGUAAUUCAUUUAUUAGUUUAAUUCUUUCUUAUUAGGUGUUAAGGUUCAAGAUGGAGCUAAUAAAAGAAUUAGCAGAAUUAGGGACAAUAAAAGGAGAUUCUCAUGCCCAGAAGAUUGUAUAAGUUUAAUUCAGUGUUUACUGUGCAUUAGCACAAGUAAUAGUGUAAUUAUUAGUCACUUUUUUUCAUAGCAAAUCUCUACCUGAAGCAAAGAGUUCUUAGUUAAGACUAAUCUAUAACGAAUAAACCACCGCACCCUAGGUUUGAUUCUCGGGCAGAUAACUGACCCAGCUACAGAGGGGUUAACUCUUUGUGCCAGUCCCAGGCCCAGAUAAAAUAGGAGUGUUGAGUCAGGAAGGUCAUCGUAAAUAAACGAAAUAAAAAUAAAUAAAAAUAUGCAGUCCGGAUAAUCCGCUGUGGUGACCCUAAAAAGGGAGCGGCCAAAGGGCAAUAACACGAUAAAUCUGUCUAAUUUGAGCUUAAUUUAAAAAAGUAAGUGUUCAUUUUUAUAAAGUGAUACCACAUUUACCACAGAAUUAUUUUAAGGCUGUAUUCUGUCCAUUUCAUUUUGUUUGUAUUUCUGUACUUUUCUUUUUUUCUUUUUUUUUUCCAUGAAGGUUUUGCAAGGUUUUACAUGUAUAUUUUUUUAAUUGCAUUUUAAUAUGAUCAAGUUGUAACAUUUCCACAAAAUUGCUAUUUCUUUUAUCAUCUCCCAGUCGCACUGUGCCUAAUAAUUGCUAGCUGCUCAUUGUAGUAAACUUGAUUUCCCCCAAAUAAUAGAGUUAGGCAGUUUUGUGAGCAGUAUUACACUAUCACUAUUACAGUCUGGUGAUUUUCUUUUGUGUGUGUGUGCAUGUGUGUGUGUGUGAGUUUGUAGUAUAAUUACUUUUUCUUUCUCUCUGCCAUUGCUGCUUUUAUUUAGGUGUCUUAUAGAUAGCUAAUCAUGUACUGUUGCAUAAACAAGCAACAUCUGAAUCCAAUUAACUGUGAAAUUCAGGAUGUGCCAUAUCUAUGAUGUCUCUGAGGAAAAAAAUAAAUGUGCAGAUGUUUA